AUGGAAAGGAAAAAAUUCAGCAAAUUGGAAAUUAUCUUCAUCGUCCUCUUCUGUUUGGUGGUGGCCGUGGCCUGUGUCCUCAUCGGGAUUUUAGCGACGCGAGAAACCGUAACUGAGAGCAGCCAAUUUUCCCCAAACUGCCCGAGCGUGACGAUAGCUGAGCGGAUCGACUGCAUCCCGGACCAAGUCGCCACCAAGCAGAACCUCUGCGCCCUCCGCGGGUGCUGCUGGAGCCCCCAGGGUGACACCCAGGUGCCCUGGUGCUUCUUCUCCUCCCAGCACGGGUACAGAGUGGAGGGGGAGGUGCGCACCACGCCGGAGGGCUUUCAAGCCACCCUGACUCGCCUCUCCUCGCCUUCGCUCUUCGGGAACGACGUCGACACCGUCCUGCUUACGGCGGAGCACCAGACCCCAAAUCGCUUUCGCUUCAAGCUCACCGAUCCUAAAACGCAAAGAUUUGAAGUUCCCCAUGAGCACGUGACAUCUUUCAGCGGUCCAGCAGCCUCCAAUUUAAAAUAUAAAGUUUCUGUCCAGCAAAAUCCCUUUGGCAUCAAGGUGACCAGAGCAAGCAAUGACAAAGUUUUGUUCGAUACCACCGUCGGCCCGCUGGUGUAUGCCGAGCAGUUCUUACAGCUCUCCAUCAAACUCCCCAGCAGCAACAUCUACGGCGUGGGCGAGCACGUCCAUAAGCAAUAUCGACAUGACGUCAAUUGGAAAACCUGGCCGAUGUUCAGCAGGGAUGUGGCACCUUCGGGAAACACGGAUAACUUAUAUGGCGUUCAUACCUUCUUCUUGUGUUUGGAAGACAACACUGGAGCCUCUUUUGGCGUUUUCUUGAUGAAUAGCAAUGCCAUGGGUAAGGGCGUCUUCUCCGUAAGUACCGCAAAAAAUUGA